GAAAGAUGCGAAUUCCGCGCGUGGAUUGCUUCAGCCCCUACGCGAGUCGGCAGCUGCGGCAGGCAUGCAUGGACGUUGGGUUCUUUUACCUGGAAGGGCAUCGCAUUCCCAUAGCCUUGCAAAACGCAGUGUACGAGCAGAUGAAACAGUUUUUCCACCUCCCAGAGACCGAGAAACGGAAGGCGAGUGCAGACAAGAACAUGCGGGGAUGGGCACCUAUGUACGAGGAAACCCUCGAUCCCGCACAUCAAUCCAAGGGGGACACGAAGGAAGCGUAUCACGUGUGUCGUCCGUCGUUGCCCGACGAAGUCCAUCUGCCGCUGCACGACACCGACAACGUAUUCCCGGACGCCCACACGCUACCUCAGUUCAAAGCCGUCACAACGGCAUACUUCAACGCCAUGAGCGCCCUCGGGUUACAUGUUGCGCACUUGUUCGCUGAUGCCGCGGGGUCGCCGGGGUACUUCAACGCCCCUGGCAUGUUCGACCGUCCCAUGGCGGUGUUGCGCAUGCUACAUUACAACGCCGAGAAGUCGGACCUGGAGAAAGGCAUCAUUGGAGCUGGUGCCCAUGCCGACUAUGGGCUCCUGACAUUGCUGUCGACGGACACGGAGCCGGGGCUUCAGAUCCGUCACCAAGGGCAAUGGGUGGACGUGCCGCACUUGGAAAAUGCUUUUAUUGUGAACGUCGGCGAUUUGGCAGAGCGCUGGACGAACGGGCUAUUCAAGUCCACGGAGCACCGCGUCGUGAAUACAACUGGGAAAGAGCGCUACUCGAUUCCGUUCUUCUUUGAGCCUAACUUUAACUGCCAAGUGACGUGCAUUCCGUCGUGUGUGACACCCGAUCGACCGGCCCAGGUACAGUACAUCCCUUCCAACUUGUCUGGAUCAAAGUCAUCUAAGCAUAUUGGGGAUACAGUACCCAAUCCCCAUCUUGGCAGGGGAGAACCUCCUUCAAAAGUACAGGGACACCCACGCCAGCUACACUUGAGAGAUCUUUCUAAGACCUUUCUUGACAGUGGUCGGCAGUCUCGAGGGGGCCUUUCGAGAUAUUUCUAUGCCUGUAAUAGUAAAUAGACAGCAAUAUUGUAUGUAUACUCUCAUAAUUGAAACUUAUGAUCAGAA